AAUUACCCAUGUCUUUGUAAUAUGAUCAUCUCUUCACUAUAAUUUCUGCAUCGUGAAACUCUUACUAAGAAAUCCUACUUGCUACUGCCGAUAUGCCAGCACUAAGUUUCGCACCAUGCUUCAAUAUUUAAACAAAUUUUGAAAUUGAUCGUAAAGCUUAUUUUAUAAGAAAGCCCAAUAUAUGUUUACGUUUGUGGUUUCAAAAGCUUAAAAGCCGCAAACAAACUGAAAACAUAACAGAGAGACUUUAGUUAGCUUUCAGGUAACUUGCGAGCCAAAAUCAAACUGAUAACAAUUUCACAACUUCGUUCAUUACAUUGAUAUACGCUUACACCAAAAGCUCUAACAAAUCGAAUUCACAUAUAUAGAGCUCUCUCUUUACCAAUUUGAAAGCAGUAUAAGAAAUAUAACCAAAGGUGCGACAACAUGGCUGAGGAAAGUUUCAAUGCCGACGAGAUGACUCCACCGGAGUGGCUGAAUGUUCAGUUCAUAGGUCAAGUGCUGAGUGACCACGAAAAGGAUUCCAAUCUGAAGGUUACCAACUUGAGUUUCACACCGGCCAGUGCCAAAGGCGAUCACUAUGCCAGUAUUAUGUUUCGAGCCACGGUGGAAUAUACAACGCAGAAUGGAAACUGCACCAAGUCGCUUAUCAUCAAAACGAUGCCCGUGGAGGAGGGUGUGAAAAAGGAUAUGUUUAAGGAUUCUCCACUAUUCACAACUGAGAUUGGAAUGUACAGCAAGGUGCUGCCCGAGUGGGAGAGGAUUCUGCGAACAGUAAAGGAUCCCAGCAAGCUGUAUGUGAACUGCAUCUACCACAGUCUGCAGCCACAUCAGAUUAUCAUCUUUGACGAUCUGGUCGAGAUGGGAUAUGCCGUUGUGCGCGAUCGUUUCCUCACACAGGAGGAAAUCUGCAGUGCCUACGCCAAGUUGGCCAAGAUCCAUGCCAUCAGUAUGAAGUUCAUUCACGAGCAACCUGAGUAUCUGAGGGAGUUCAAGAACGGAUUGUGUGAUAUGCCCGGACUGAUAGACAGUCCCAUUAUAAGCGGAGGCAUGGCUCCCUUCACGGAAUUGUUGGGCCGCAUUCCCGAACUGAACAAAUACCAGCCGUAUUUCGAGAAGAUAAGUCUGCACUUUAAGGACCGAUUGCGGGCGACCAUGCAUGAGUAUCGAAACCAUCCACAGCCAGGAUACAAUGUACUCUGCCAUGCGGAUUACCAUUCCCGCAACAUGAUGUUUAAGCACAAUAGGGAAACUGGAUGUUUGGAGGACUGCAUGCUGCUGGAUUAUCAGGGCUGCAAUGUGGCUCCAAUGGCCGUUGACCUCAUGUACUCAAUUUACAUGUUGAUGGGACCGGCACAGCGAAGAGACGAGCUGGAGACUUUGCUGAACUACUACCUAUCCGUUCUCCAAGAGACUCUCAAGAAGAUUGGCUACCAAGGAUCAAUGCCCACGCCUCAGGGAUUUUGGGCGGAAAUGAAACGCCAUAGAUAUUACGAAUUUCUACUGCUGAGCACCUUCUUGCCAAUUUCGAAUGGAUUGCGAGUUCACAAGUUGGAUCUAGCGGAUAUGCUGCACAACGAAGAAGCACGUAUGAAACUAUACCAACUGGAAGAUUUUGUAGAAGAGACCAAAUCUGUUUUGGCCAGAUUCGAGAAAUCGGGAUAUUUUGAAGAUUUGUAAAGAAUUUUUGAAGGAGAAAAAAAUGAAGUUUGACAUGAAAUUUGUUAAUAAUUUGUGAGCUUUUUGUCGUCGAAACAAUAGAAAACAAGACCAUCUGUGAA